AAUUCAAGAAGUCAUGAAGAUCGAGUAUUUACGAGUUAUUGUGUAUGGAGAAAUCUUUAAAAUUGUCGCCGGACUUCUCAUUUAUCCAUUGGAAACAAUGCCACAUACAAAUGAACAUUAUUGGCUUUUCCAACUUUGUUGUGUUGUUAUUGCGUGUAUUUCAGCUGCAUUAAUGGCUUUCUCUGGAUAUCAUUUGAAAGUUGAAAGACCAAUUAACGAAGAUCAUCAAUUGGAAAAGUUUCAAGAGUGUGAAGUAGUGAAAGAAACAAAACAAGAUGGAUGGAAGAACGCCCUGACAGUUUCUUUGCAAAUUGCAAAAGAACCCAGAUUCAUUUGCCUUGUAGGAGCCCUUGGACCUGUUUAAUUUCAGAUUUUAUUCCUGCUUCUCUGGGUACCAACAAAUCGAUUUGGAACUCAAGCAGUUAUUCAAUCUCUCAAUACUUUAUACAUUUUCAAUGUUAUUUUUAUUCUCUAUGCGGGUGUGAAUAAUAUCACAGCAAUAGCAGUUUUUAAAUAUUAUUUUGGAAAACGCUAUUUCUCGUUGUGGGUGACAAGGUUUCUACAUAGUUGUUGCUGGAGAAGUUGUUGAUACUGAUAUGAAAACAAAUAAUGGAAAUAUCCGACAGUAGCAGAAUGUACUAAUUAUUCACAAUGGAUGUUCUUGGCUCUUGCAAUUUUCCCUGCAAUCUGUGCAGUUAGAGAGUCAAUGUUUUUUGCAUUUGAUCAAUAUUGGAGAAGGCAUAUCAAAGGAAAGACUGGUCAUUUGGGAGAUGACUAA